AUGCCUUCCCAAAUCGCACAGCCUACACCCAUCUCGGUUCCUCGCCCGAACCUCGGCGUCAUGACCUCGCAAGACCUUUUCGCCAGUGUCAACGCUUCCUUCAGCAAGAACAGCCAGCCGUCAACACCCAGUCACACCAUCCAAGAGCAUGACUACUCGGUGCCAGCUCCUCCUCCUCCAAGCCCCGUUAGCUUCCGGGAUCACCAUUGGCCAUCAACCGUUCGCCGUUAA